GGCUUAUCGCUUAUCGCCCAGGAUCCGCCAGCCCAAAAAUUUCUGGAGCUUUGCGCAGGUCGAAUUGGAAAUGGAGACUUGUCGCGACUUGGAGUUUUGCUGCUGGACUCUUCGCCUCACAGGCCGUCCAAGAAGUCCAAGGAUAAAAAGAAGGCGCAACAUACAGGCCAACAAAACCCCAAGGCCUUUGCCUUCUCUAAUCCCGGCAAACUUGCAAAGCAGGCGGCGAGAUCCCACGAUAUCAAAGAGAAGCGCCUCCAUGUACCCCAAGUCGACCGUCUUCCCGAUGAACCUCCUCCGCGCCUCGUCACCAUCGUCGGACCUCCUGGUGUGGGCAAGACAACCCUUCUAAAGUCUCUCAUCCGCCGAUAUGCAAAGGAAACAAUGUCCGACCCCGUGGGACCAAUCACGGUCGUCACCUCGAAGAAGCAGCGAUUAACCUUUAUCGAAUGCCCCAACGAGCUCGAAGCCAUGGUCGACAUCGCCAAGGUCGCCGACAUUGUCCUGCUGAUGAUUGACGGAAAUUUUGGAUUCGAAAUGGAGACAAUGGAGUUCCUCAACGUCCUGGCCGCCACCGGUAUGCCAGGAAACGUCUUCGGUAUUCUGACCCAUCUCGAUCUCUUCAGAAAGCCACAAGCGCUCAAGGACGCCAAGAAGAGGUUAAAGCACAGGUUGUGGAACGAAUUGUAUCAGGGCGCCCAUCUCUUCUAUCUUUCUGGUGUUUUGAACGGCCGUUACCCCGAUCGGGAGAUUCAUAACCUUUCCCGCUUCCUGUCGGUUAUGAAGAACCCUCGUCCGCUCGUAUGGAGAAACUCGCACCCUUACACUGUUAUCGACAACUAUCGCGACAUUACUCACCCAACCAAGAUUGAAGAGGACGAGAAUUGCGACCGGUCGAUCGAGCUGUCUGGCUAUUUGCGCGGUACCAACUUUGCAGCGGAUGGGCAGAGGAUACACAUUGCGGGCUUGGGCGAUUUCACAAUAGCUAGCAUGGAAGCUCUGCCGGAUCCUUGCCCGACCCCCUCGAUGGAGCAAGCACUUGCGAAGGCCACUGGAAAAACUGGGAGGAGGCGCUUGGACGAGAAGGACAAGAAGCUGUGGGCUCCAAUGGCCGACCGUAGUGGUCUCAAGAUUACUGGUGAUCACAUUGUCAUCACCAGGGAGAACGGUUUCGCUUUCGACAAAGACGCCGAGGACGUCGAACGUGGCGAGGGCGAGCAGCUUAUUGUUGAUCUACAGGGCGAGAGGAAACUGCUUGGUUCUACUGACAAGGGUGUCAAGCUGUUUGCCAGCGGGCAGGAGCUCACACAAGUCCCAGAAGAGGCCGACAGCGGGAGGAAAACCAGGAGGAAGGCGCGCUUCGCUGCUGGGGAUGAGCCUGGCGAGGAUGAAAUUCCCGACGACGAGGGCUUCGAAAGCGGAGAGGAGGAUGAAGAGGGCUCAGACGUUGAAGAGGACGAAUUCGACAUGUCAAAGCUGGGCAAGAUGUUCAAGAAGCAGCAAGACAAGGAUCAACCAGAAGACGACCUUGCCUUUGCCGACAGUGACUCUGACCUUGGUUCUCUCUCUGGCGACGAAGACGAGGAGCUGGAUUCCGACGAGGACGACGAGGACGUUGACAUGGAAGACUUGGGUUCUGAUGAGGAAGCCGGUGCCCUGAAGUGGAAGGAUAGCAUGUUUGAGCGCGCCAGUAAGCUUCACGGAAACAGAAGACCGUUCCGUGCUGUGGAUCUUGCCAGAUUCAUGUACGACACUGCCCUCAGUCCCAGAGAAGCUCUCAAGAAAUGGAGGUGCGAGGAAGAGGAAGAAGAGGAGGAGGACAUUGAGAAAGACGAGGACGACACUUUCUUCAGGAAGAUUGGCGAUGAUGAGCAGGAAGAUUUGACCGAGGACCGCGCGAUACCAAGCUUCGACUAUGAGGAUUUGGCUGCCAAGUGGUCAAGUGAGGAUGCUGUAGAGGCUCUCCGGACCAGAUUUUCGACUGCGAACCUGGUUGAUGAAGAGGGCGGGAACGGUGACGAUGACGACUUUUCCGGGCUCGACGAUGAUGAUGAGGACGACGAGGGUGAUGGUGCUUUUGAGGAUCUUGAGACAGGGGAAGCGCAUGGCGGUGAUGGUGACGAGGACGAGGAUGAGGACGGCGAUGAAGAUGAGAGUGAAGAGCCACCAGAAGCCAGCUUGGAGGCUGAACGUGAAAAGAACGCCCGUCGCAAGGAAGAACUCAAGCUACGCUUCGAGGAAGAAGAUCGCGAGGGUUUCAAGAACGACAAGGCUGUCGCUAGGCGAGAAGGCGGCGGAGAUGAUGAGUUUGGCGAGGACGACUGGUACGAUGCCCAAAAGGCUCUGCUUCAGAAGCAGCUUGACAUCAACAAGGCCGAGUUUGAAGAGCUUGAUGAGAGGCAAAGGACGGCGGUUGAGGGUUUCAGAGCCGGCAAGUACGGCAAGAUUGUUCUCGAGGGCGUCCCAGCCGAGUUUGUCAAGAACUUCUCGGCCAAGAGACCCAUCAUCGUGGGCGGUCUCUCUGCUACCGAGGACAGGUUUGGUUUCGUCCAAGUCAGAAUCAAGAAGCACAGAUGGCACAAGAGAAUCCUCAAGACGGGCGACCCCUUGAUCUUCUCUCUCGGCUGGAGAAGAUUCCAAUCUCUCCCCAUCUACUCCAUCUCCGACUCCCGGACGAGAAACCGCAUGCUCAAGUACACACCCGAGCACAUGCACUGCUUCGGCACCUUUUACGGCCCCCUGAUCGCCCCCAACACCUCCUUCACCGCAUUCCAGUCCUUCUCCUCCUCCAACCCGGGCUUCCGCAUCGCAGCCACCGGCACGGUCCUGUCGGUAGACGAAUCCACCGAAAUCGUCAAGAAGCUCAAGCUAACCGGCACCCCCUACAAAAUCUUCAAGAACACCGCCUUCAUCAAGGACAUGUUCAACACUGCCCUCGAAAUCGCAAAGUUUGAAGGCGCGGCCAUAAAGACUGUCUCGGGCGUCCGCGGCCAGAUCAAGCGCGCCCUGUCAAAACCAGACGGCCACUUCCGCGCCACGUUUGAGGACAAAAUUCUCCUGUCCGACAUUGUCUUCCUCCGCGCGUGGUACCCCAUCAAGCCGCACAGGUUCUACAACCCGGCGACGAACCUCAUCGGCUGGCAGUCGAUGCGCUCGACGGGUGAGAUCCGCCGCGCCGAGGACUUGGCCACGCCGCAGCUGAAGAACAGCCAGUACCGCAAGAUUGAGCGGCAGGAGCGGCAUUUCAACCCGUUGAGGGUGCCCAAGAAGCUGGCUGCCGAGCUGCCGUUUAAGUCGCAGAUUGUGCAGACGAAGAAGCAGAGGAAGGAGACGUACAUGCAGAAGAGGGCCGUGGUGGUUUCGGGAGAGGAGCGCAAGGCGAGGGAUCUCAUGCAGAAGCUUACUACGAUCCGGAAAGAGCAGGUUGCGAAGAGGAAGGCGAAGAAGGAGGAGAAGAGGCAGGAGUACAGGAAGAAGGUGGCGGAUAUUGAGGAGAGGCUGGAGAAUAGGGAGAAGAAGGAGAAGCAGGCGUACUGGGAGAGGGAGGGGAAGAAGAGGAGGGCUGGGGAUGGGGGUGGUGGGGGUGGGAAGAGGAGGAAGUAA